UUCUAGUAAUAUGCAGUAUCAGGAUGAAAUUAUCGAUAUCAAUCUUAAAACUUUUCUAGUGAUUAAAAAAGCAUCGCAGAAAGAUAUGGGACGGAUCGAAUUAUUUGUUGAGUUUCGGUUUUCGCGCUGUACGUUAUACGCAGUCAUCUUCAGUCACCUUGGUGUUGCCAUUCGCGCUACGAGACUCGAGUAGAAAGGUAGCAGCGUGAGACGCUGCGACAUAUCGACGUAUUAUUCCUUGAAAUUCGAAAUCAUAGCAAGUAUUAGAAGAUGCCCAAAACUCGAUCAUUCCCUGUAAUUAUUACACAAUUAGCAUUUAUCAAUUUGCGCGAUUAAUGGCUGCAUCUCAGAGAUUAACCGGGCGAUAGCACAUAGACUUUGUCGAGCGUCAAGCGGAUCGUAGCCUUCGGAUUGUUUUUUGUUGUAGUAUAAUAAAGUGCGCGUCCCACACAUGUGCGAUUAACAUCGGGGGUGCCGUACAAAGUGUCGCGCGAUCAUCGUAUUCUAUUGAUUAGUACGCGCGCGAUUGUAAUUAACAGUAUUUUUGUGAGUAUCGUGUGUCAUGAAGAAGCAGCGAAAGAUGAACAAGAGAGAGAAGGAGAAAACCUGGGAGAUAUCAGGUUACGGCGGAGCAAUCGUGAGAGUAACGUUAUGACACUACAAUCUCACCGUUGCGCAUCGUAUCGCGCAUAAAACCAAUGAAAGGGAAGAUGUUUUGGGCCUAAAGAGUUGUGCAAUGAUGGGUCUGCAGGCGACGGCAGGAAAACGCAAAUUGGAGGGUGGUGUUGGCUGCAUGGAAUUCCAUAUGGACUUGGGCGAGAGUCCGUCGAAGCUCGGACGCGUGGACGGUAGCUGGUGGGCGAUGGAUGACAGUUAUGGACCGCCCUUGAACCAGACGUCGACGUCGUAUUACGAGAUGGAGGUGAGCUCACCCUGCCUACAGGCAACGAACCCGUGCCAGCCCACGGCGACGGGUUCCUCGCAGUCGCAGCAGCAACAACAGCAGGCACAAUCGCAACAACAUUCGUCUCAACAGCACCAUUCAUCUUCCCAGUCGACGCAGCAAGGGCAACAACAGCAAUCGCAGCAGCAACAACAAUCGUCGGCGUCAUCUUCGACGUCAGCCUCGUCCACGGUGACGCAAUUACAUCACCAACACUACUAUCAUCACCAGCGCAGCGCCAUCAGUCCAAUCGGCAACAACGGUUAUAAUCAGUUAUCGAGAUCUCAGCCGCAAUGGGGCGCACUUCAUCAUUACGAACCGCCGACGAUACGUCGCGAGGAGAACGGCAAGAGUUACUUGGAACUCGGCUCGAGUUAUCGAGCGAACGAGCGAUGUUGCGAAGGCUCCAAGUCGAGUUGGUGCCGACGCGGUCGAGCCUGCUACCGGCAGCGACGACUCGCCGUGCUGAACAUCUCAAUGUGCAAACUCGCCAGGUACCGCCAGUUCCCGGAUCCAAGCCUCCACAGGUCGGUAUUGAUCUGCAAUACUUUGAGACACCUGGAACGUGAGAUGGAGAGAGACAGGAGUCCACCGCCCAUGGAGCCGGUCGUACCGGCACCGAUAGCUCAAUUGCAACCGCCUGAGCAGGGCAGGUUAACGCCUUUCCCCGUGCCACCGACAUCGUCGGGCGAGACCGACGUCGAUUCUGGCAUCGGCGACAGCGACGACAGUCGAUCGAUUAACUGGGGCAGCGUGCUAUCCUUGUCAAGCCAGUCGCCGCUCGACCCGCUCAACAACAACGAACUACUAGACGUGGACAUAGGGCCCGAUCUCGAUCUGGACUUUAUGCCUGGGUGGAAGUUGACGCCCCUCUCGGCGGAUGACAUCCUGAGAAGUACAACGACCCAGGAACAGCAUCAUCAUCACCAUCAUCAUCACCAUCAUCAUCAUCAUCAUCAGCAUCAUCAUCAGCAGCAACAGCAGCAGCAGCAGCAUCUAAUGUCCUCGGGGAGCAGUUGCGGCAGUAGCUGCGGCAACAGCAACGUCGUCGGUAGCACCAGCGUCAACAACGGUAGCAGCAGUAGUACGCACGAGUCGUUGAUGUGCGUAGGAUCAUAGCCCUCGACCUUGACAUCGUUGAGUCACCUCAUCGAUUUUUAUCCGCUGACGCCGCAGGGCAAAUAGAUCCACAACGACGGCCAGCACGCAAAAAUCCUGCGAAAAUGUCCCUGGAAGGUGCGCGGGCGAGAGGCGGCGAUGAAUACAGCUCACCCUCUCUCUGGAGCGUUCGAUGUCUGGCCGGCGACUCUCGAGGAGCCGCCUUCUUCUCUCUUCGCGUUAAUUUAUUGUCGCGUCAAUUACACACAUAUACAUGCAUACGGACAGACGAAUACGAUACCGAGUAAUCUCCUGCGACACUUUCGUUCUUCCUCCGCUCCUUUUACCACCGCUAUUAUGACUGCUACCACCGUGGACUCUAUUGCUACUACUUUUACUACAAUCCUUCCGUGACUAUUUACCACUAUCGUUACGGUUACUCCUAUUACUAUCGCUACUCUACUUCUAGUACUACUAUACUACUAUUACUAAUACUAUUACUAUUAUUACUAUUAUUACACUAUCGCUAAUUAACGUGUCUCCCAGAAUAAAUAUCUACUCCCCGAGGGACGGACGCGUCAUGACACGCGGCACAUUCGCAGGUGCAGACAAGACAACAGAGCGCUCUGAGAGUUUAAAAAACGGAGAGAGAAAAAAAAGGACGAGGGAAGGGGGGUUGGAGAAGAAUCUUCACUGUCCGCGAACCGACAGGUGCUGCUACUCGCAUCUGAUAUCCUGGCAGAAAUUCAGAUGGUUUUCGUACCGGGCUAUCGCGUAUAUCAUUUUUUCCGCCGUGGAAUUUUGAAGCUAGACGCAAACGCGAUUAACAUUUACCUCUCAAUAUGCCGCUAUAAGAUUUGAGAAAACCAUCGGUAAUCGUCAACUCUCCAAUAAACGCGUAAUGGCGAUCCGAUUCUGCAUUCGGCCUGAUAUAUGCGCGCCUAUUGGAGGAUUGAAACUUACGUUUCCAUAAUUGCAUCUGCGAGCUUGAAGAUUCACGUGUGAGUUGUCGGAAAAGCGAUUAAGACAUAUGUGCGGAAAGAUUCGAGAGGACGGAAAAGAGAGAGAGAGAGAGAGAGGGAAGAUGGUUUUUUGGCUACGCGUCGAGUAUGAAGAAGCUUUCUCUUCGAGGCCGGAAAACUACGAGAACACUGUGAUCGAAGUCUCUCGGCUCGGGGAGUUUCUGCUUCCUCUUCUGUGCGUUCACCCUCUUCGUAAGUUAUAUUCUGAAAUUGCUGGGGAAGGCCGUCCGGGAGAUCUUUUUUCAUGAAAUGACAUUCAACAUCCCAGAGUCUGCAACUCUGGAACGAAUGUGACCAAUCGAUGAUAAUGUGGAUGAUACAUCAUCCGUGCGUACCCAGCAUGCAACCAUAUAUACAUUCACACAUAUAGUAUAUAUAUACGACCGCCGUGGCCUAUAUUAUACGCACGACGCACGAAGAGACACACGCGAGUGCAAGUGCACACACAAGUCAUAUGGUGCUACAGGGCGGCUGUAGCCUGGUGCUUCUUUUCUCUAGGACAGACAAACACGCAUACAGACACAUACAUACCUUACGCCGAACGCGUACCGAAUUCGCACGGAUCGCUCCGUCGCUCGGGGUCGUCGUGACGCGUCCUACCGUCGUAAGCGUGAUACGAUAUAAAUCGAAGACGUUGGCGUUUCUCGAUCGAGAAACUGGUCGCACCAUCGCCCAAAUUGUUCGAGUAUUUCAUCUCGCGUGCUGGAGAUCGUCAAAAAGUAUCUGUGUUGAGUAUCUUGUCAAAAGUAAAUUGUUGAACCAAGGUAGAGAUAAGUAGGUAGAUAGGCUAAUGCGACUCAGUCUCGAUUGUUUACGCGUUGUGAGAAUGAGGACGGUGAAGGAAAGGGCUUAAACAUUUGCGUUGGAACUACGAGAUAUGUUUGGGCUGUGCAAUAGAAUGCGUGUCUUUAAUACUAGUGAGUGUAUCGUCAGGAGCAUUGACAUCAUUAGGAAUAAAAAUUAUUUUCAUACAGCGAUUAUACGAAAUAUCGUCUUACGAACAAUAUUCGUCUAUCUUGAUUUGAACAUUCUAAGAGAUGGAACAUAUAUAUAUAUCUGAAAGUACAAAUAAUAUUCUAAUUUUUUUAUUAUUUUAAUUUCAAAGCGAUGCAUGUUUCUUGACGUGAACACUCACUCCAGUUAAUGAUAAUAACGAUCUACAACUGACGAUUAUUCUUUCAGCAAAUAGUAAUAUUUAACUAGAAAAUUUUUUUCUAACACCAAGCCAUAGCAAAGAAAUAUAUGCCACGAUUGACUCAAUCACAAAGUCUAAUCGUAAGUUGAAACGUGAAAAUUAAGCAUGCAAAGUAGUCCAUUAGGUUUUCAAAGUCCAUUAAGCUGCAACGCAAUGAGUUAACCCUAAAAUGCAUGACGUGGGCCAGUAUGACUCAACCAUCGUUUUAAAUGCGAAUUCCACAAUAACUAUUUUAUCGGAAUGACCAUAUAUCUACAAGUUUUCUGUUUAUAAAUAAAUAGAAAAAAUAAGAAGGGAAGAGAACAACAAAAGAGAAAUAUAAAUAUAUAAAAAUAUAUAAGAUAUAAAAACUGAGAAAAAUUUUUUUAAUUUAAGAUGCAAAAAAAA